GUAGACGUGGGGUAUAAAGAUUCCUCCUACAUUCGCUGGCGAGGGAGGACGUUAAUUUCCUGGCUCAAGUCUUUCGAUAGAUUUGGACCACCUCCUCUCUUUGUCGUCACAUCACACCGCUACAAAAGCUACAUGGAGAAAUUGGACGCGGUCGAAACCGGCCAGCAAAGCGGAUCGGAAAGCGUCGUGUCAUCAGUAGAUGCGAAAUGAAGACCUUAAACGCGCUUAUACGGUCGGCGAGCUGCGUGUGUUCCCGGCAAGUCCAGCACGUCGCGGCGCCGAGGCGAUGCGGACUGUGCAGUAAGCCAAGCUUCGGGUUGUUGUUUGAUAUUGAUGGGGUUUUAGUCCGGGGGAAAACCCCCAUCCCAGCAGCAACGAGAGCUUUCCAGAAGCUGGUGGACUCAAAAGGGCAGUUUGUGGUUCCGGUUGUCUUUGUCACAAAUGCUGGCAACUGCUUGCGGCAGAAGAAGGCAGAUCAGCUGUCUCACAUACUGGGUGUUCCUAUAUCUCCAGACCAAGUCAUGAUGUCUCACAGCCCUUUGAGAAUGUUCAAGAAAUACCAUGACAAGUGUGUGCUGGUUUCUGGACAGGGUCCUGUGCUUGAUAUUGCCAAAAAUGUGGGCUUCACAAAUGUGGUCAGUGUUGACAUGCUGCGAGAGUCUUUCCCCCUGCUGGACAUGGUGGAUCACAACAGACGGCCCAAACUACCGUCUUCCCCUGUGGUGAACCUCCCCAGAGUUGAAGCAGGUAUGACUGAAAACACUUUCCCGGUGUACAAGGUGGAUGUCAUUGUGCAGUUCUACCGAACCGAAGUUUUGACUGGACAAGAGGCCAAACAUUUUACAAAGAAUGAUAUUACUCCCAACCCAAAGGCAGAAUCCAUUCAAAGACUCUACAUGAGAAUUUUGCAGCUUCUUUUUCGUUUCAGACCUGAGUGCCAUUACACGGUGCCCUUGUCUGAAAACGUUCAGUACCCAAUGCUGUAUGAAUGGGUUACUCCAAUCAUGAGUGUUUACAUGCGCAUGUGCCAGUUUUUACCAGUGUGUCAUGUGUAUGACUUUUCCUUGAAUGACUUGCUCAACCCCAAGGCAAAACGGACAAUCACAAUACUGAGCGCAAUCCAGAAUUUCCUUCACUUCAGAAAGCAGAGGUUGGAAAUUACUGCUGCCCACCAACAAAGUUUUCGCUCUGAUAUGGAUAGACUUCAGGCAUACACAAGGGAAAUAAAGGAAGCUGAAAAGAAGAUUGAGAAACUGACUACCAUACCACCAGAGCAGCAGGCAGAAGCUAAAGAGCUGGCGGCUGCAUUGGCAGAGCUGACAACCAACACACAGCAUGAAUAUCAGGAUGUGAGUGCAAUGAAUGAAAAGGUUGCACAAUGCAAGACAGAGAUUGCUGAAAUAUCACAGAAACUGAGUCAAAGGAGAGUAGAUGUGGCAACACUGAAGGAUGAGCUAUCCAAGCUCAAGUCUCAGAUUGUGGAGUCACCAGAGGAGCUCAAAAGUGAAAUGGAAAAGAUGAAAGAAAAUGUGAAAAGCAUCAAGAUGUCAAAAGAGCUGGCAGAUGAAAGGCUUGUGGAACUACAGAUGCUGGUGCAGUGUGCAAGUCAGGUGGAGGCAGAAAUCCAUGUUAUUCUCAAACAGCUGCAGGACUUGCAGAGUAGCAUGUACAAGACCAAUCAGCAGAAAGAGGAGUUCCAGAGCUUAGCAGCUAUGAAUGAAGCCCUACAGAAAGAACUAAAGAGUCUGAGCACUGAGGAGGCCCAGCUGAAGAGAGCACUAUCCAUGAAACUAGACAAAGAGUCUAAACAACAGAUCCGUCGACUGAAGAAGAAAGAGGUGAAAGAUCAACAGGUCAAAAAUAUUUAUGGGCAAUAUGACCAAAUCCACCUGAAACGGGAGGAAGUUGUGAAACUAAUAGAAGAAAGCAACCGUGAAACUAAACAAUUCAAGGAAAAGAUGCAGAAGCUUAGAGAGAAGUGCAACCAGCGGACUCACAAAGCUCAGGAGAUCUAUGAACGCCUCCUUACUACUUUGGAGCAGUACAACAAGAGGAUUGAAAGCAUUGUGGUGGAUACUAAUGCAGACAUUUUAAAAAUUAAAUCCCAUUUCUAGAAUGUAAUUAUUUCAUUCUUUAAGUUCCUGAUCUUUGUUAAAUGUCUGUUGUUUCAUAGCUAUGUAAAUAUACCUUUCUUUGGUUAAACAAAAUAAAAAUAUGAUUAAAUGUUAUAACAUCUGCAUUCCAGUUACUCGUUUUCAGGGGUGUAAAGUAAUGAAUUACAAAGACUCUUAUUACUGUUAAGUACUUUUAUGUAGUUUAAAAAUUGUAUGUUUUUACUUUAGUGCAUUUUAAGGUCUGUAACCGUACUUGUAUUGUGCUACUUUCCCUCUGUUUGUGACUUACCUGUCCUGAUUCUACCAGCAAAGGGCACCUGGAUUUGAACAUCUUGACCUGCAGUCAUAAGCUCUACCACUGAGCUAUACCCCCUUUUACCAGCUCCUGAAUAAAACUAACUUCAUUAGCAGAGGGCAACUGGAUUUGAACCAGAGACCUCUUGAGCUGCAUUCAAAUGCUCUACCACUGAGCUAUACUCCCUUUAUCAGGCUUUUGUAAGCACCUGAAUAAAAACAACAAUGAAUUUAUCGGCUUAUUGGUUUAUGGACAUUAUUAAUAUCAAACAUUAUAAUUAUCUUGAUUAUACCACUGUAUACCAACACUUAAAAUAGUGCAUUUUAUGCUACUGUAUAAUUUUGCCUACCACUGAGUUAUACCCCCAAUGUCAUCCUAUUGUAAGCAUGUGGAUAAAAGCAUUAAUGACUGCAUUUUGUUAUCUUAUAGGUUGUGGACAGCAAUAAUAAUAAUCAAUAGCUUGAUUAUACCACUGUGCUAUACCCCCAUUUUACUAGCUGCUGAAUAAAAACAAUAAUGAAGUAAUUGUAUUGGCUUAUAAAUGGAUAACACUGUUAAUAUCUUGAUUAUACCAAUGUAUAGCAGCUCUGAAGUGCUGCAUUUUACUCUACCCUACAACUUUACCAGGAGGGGGCACCUGGAUUAGAAAGUGGAAAUCUUGAUCUGAAGUCAAAUGCUCUACCACUGAACUAUUUGUAAUCACCAGAAUAAAAACAA